AUGGCCUUCUGUGCACCAGGUGUGACAGAUGCAGCAUUGUGUGCUGAAGGAGCUGGAAAUCACAGUUCUACCUCCACAGUGGUGCCGUCAAACGAUGAGCGCUUUGAUGAGUGUUCGGAGAUGGAGAGUGAAAUCGAGCAAAGUUGGCAGGAAGUUAAAACCACACCCCAGAGUGAGGUGCAGCAAGCACCAAUAAACACCACCCGUGAGUGCACAGAAGACAAAGAAACACUGCAGUGUGAGCAGCAAACGGGGCAGCUUGUCAAAGAGCUGGAGCAAACACAGAAGGAACUGUCUCGACUCCAGAAGUUAAACAGGAAUCUGCAAGAUGAACUACAACGUAAGAGAGAGAGUCAUUCAAGAGAAAGGGUUCAUCCACAGAAUGACCACCUUUCAAACUCUUCGGAAGCUUUGGCUAUACAGCGACUGCAGAAGAUAAACCACGAUCUCCGCAAUGAGCUGGAGGCACAGAGGAGGAGUCAGGAGGAGGCCAGAGAAGCCGAACUACGGCGAAGAGUAGAUCUUUUAGCUCAACAAGCUCAGUUACUGGUCACAGGUGAUGCCACAGCACUCGCGCAAGCUCAUCUAGAGCAGGACCGACGGCGUUUUCACGAGCAGCAGAUCGAGUGGGAGCGUUGUGUGUCCUCCCUGAAGUCCCAGCUGAGUGCCAGCGAGGAGCAGAGGAGGGAGGCCGAGUCCCGCUUGGCGCAGCUGCAGCAGGAGCUGCGGGGUUAUCACAGCCUCCAGGAGGAGGCCGAUCGCUUGCAGAAAAAUCUCCACGAUGUGAGGACUCAACUUUGUGCCCACGAGGAAGCGCAGGCCCAAAAAGAGGCUCGCCUGCAGAAUCACCUCAUGCUCCUUCAAGCCAGUCAGGACAGAGAACGGAGGAGCUUGGCCACCAGCCUGGCGCAGGCUGAGCAACACUCGCAGGACCUUCAGGAGAGACUGGACAGGGCUGAGCAGCAGGUGGAGAGCCUGACUAAGACUCAGACCUGGACCAGGGAGAUCGAGGAGGCCCAGCAGCAGCUUCAGGAGGAGCUGGCGCGUACGGUGUCUGCUGUGCAGAAACUUCAAGAGGAGAGGGAGCAGCUCGACCGCCGCUGUCAAGAGCUGCAGAACCAGUUAGCUGAGGCGGAUGGGGAGGUGGGCAGGCUGCAGAGCCGCCUGAAGACAGAAGAGACGCACUACUACAACCUUGAGCACUCAUAUGAGAGAGUCUGCGAGGAGCUGCAGCUGGCCUUAGGGAAGGUUCAGCAAAGGGAGUCAGAAACACAGGACAUACGAGAGGGCUACGAGAGACUCCUCGACAGGAAGGAGCAAGAGCUGAGCGAAGUUUUGUUGAAGAUGGAAGUCUUGGGUAACAGCUUGGAGGAGACGGAAGUGAAGCUCAAUGAAGUGCUGAAGGUUUGCAGCUGUGCCUCCUCUCACCUGAAGGUUGAGUCAUCAGAGCCUGCUUGGCAACAGCAGACAACUGAGCUUCUCACCACAAAUGACUGCAGGCCAAAGACAACAGGCACUGUGGACUAUAUUCAAGUAAACCAUCCUCACGAACAUGCAAGAAAUAGGUCUCGCUCCAUUGACCCAUCGUACCAGUACAUUGUCACCGCAGGAGACGACCCAGAGAGGUUCAUGUCUGUGAUCCAGUUACUUGAAACCAAGCUUUAUGACACAGAGGAGAAGCUGAGAGACAUCACCCAGAGACUGGAGGAACACCAGAGUCACGUCAGCUGCCAGGACCCCCACCUCUGCUCCCAGCUCACUCAGAGCCGAGCCACCGCCCAGCACCUCAGUCUGCUGCUCCACAGUCAGGCCAAGCAGAGCCAGCGCUUCGCCCAGGAGACAGAGAGCCGCUGCAGGACGUUGGCUGGCAGGUUUCACGUCACCCUGAACAUAGUGCAGGCCUGCAGGGAGAGGCUUCAGGCCACUCCGAUUAAUAUUGCAGACUUUGAGAGGCAGCUAGCCACCGUUGCUGCCUGCCUUCAGCACGGCCAGAGAGAGGCGGAGAAACAACAGCAUGAAUCACAUAACGCCAGCAAAGGAGAGGACAAAAUCCUCAAUGAUGAGACUUUAGCUGGAGCUGAUAGCAGCAUGGGUGCUAACAGUAAACUCACUAAUACAUUACCAGCAGAGGAUGAUGUGGCAAGUGUUAAAAAGUGUUUAAUGAGGGAACUAUUUGUGGUAGAAAAAAUGCUAUCAGUACUCCAGAGUCAAUGUGGCAUUGGGCAACUAUCCUUAGUACCAAGAGAAGAUGAAGGGGAUGUAGCACACAGGUACAAAAACAUAAUCUCCCAAAGAAUAGCCUUAAAAACAGAAUCAAGGACUCAGUUUGGGCAAGAAGAAUGUGACAGUGAUGAACCUUUGGAAGCUGCCAUCGGUAGAGUCUGCGCCGAAGCUGAGCUCAUUUACGCUGCCUUAAAAUAUCAGCAGCCAUACGAGAGCAUCAAGGCUGAAGCGGAUAAUAAAGACGUGGGGUGUGAAAGGACGGGUUUGGCAGAUAUCAACCCCCCAGAGUUGGCUCCUUAUGAGGAGCAAGUGACGACAGAGGGCAGAGGUUUAGAAGAAGCUGCAACACCAGCUGAAAUAGACCAGUCUGAUGACAAAAAGGUGGAGGCCAAGAAACAACCAGAGUGGUUAGAGAGGCUUACAUCCCAGCUGCAAAGACGGGCCAGUUUCUUAAACCAGCUCUGCCAGGAGAUCUCUGAAGGACCAGACAGUGAGUGUAAUAUGGACGACAUCUGGGAAAAUGAUUCAGCAGUCGACAUGAUUUGGAUGCAAGAGCAGGUAAAGUUGAUUUAUUUGUCAAACAGGCUGCAGUUGGAUUUAGAGCAGGAGUUGCAGCAAAGCGAGCUGCUACAGAAGAAACUGCAAGCUUUGUGCAAAGAGCGAGACAUAACAUUAAUGGAUGAGCAGGAGGCUUUUAACCACACCUUAUGUCGGCUUCAGGAGGACAACAGCGUGCUGAGAGAAGAACUAGAGCGUGCCGAGCAAAAGGUAAUAUCUGUAGAGACCGGGAACCAGAGACUCCUGGAAGACAUACGGAAAAUCGAGGAUUAUCACGAGGAACGAAUGCAGGAGCUGGAGACAAAGUUUCAAGCAAAGAUAAGGGAGCUACAGCAGAUCCAUGAGGAGGAGAUGAAACACUUGCACGGUUACUACACCAAAGAGAAACAAAGCAAAACCUGCACAGAGACACCUGAAAGUAACUCCUCCCCACUGGACCAGGCUGCGCUGGACAGAAAAGCAAAAGAGGAGAUUGGGAACCAGAUGAUGGGAGGUGAUGUGGUGGCAGCAAGAGAGGCUUCACAGAAAGAUACUGAAAAAUCUGAGGAUCAUGGUUUGACUGCUAUGGAGGACAUGCAUAGGAAGCUGAUAGGAGAUCUUCAGCAGCAGCAUCAGACGGAGGUGGCAGCGCUUCUGAAGGAGAAAGACCAGCUGCUGCAGGAAGAGACAGCUGCCACAAUGGCUGCAAUUGUAGCAAUGAGGAGAGCCCAUAAAAAGGAGCUAGAGAAGAGCAGACAGUCUCAGCACAUCAGGGAGAGUGCUGACACCACACAGCUGCAGAUUGAAUAUGAGAAGGAGAUCCAGUUAUUGCACAAGGAGCUGGAGGUGUUGUCGGUUCAGCACACUCAGAAAUGCCUGGAAAACUCUCAUCUGAGUCAAGCGCUGCAGGAUGAGAAAAAAUCCUUGAUGCAGUACCAAAAAGAAAACCAGGAGCUCAAAAAGAAGCAGAGAGAGACAGAUGAAAUGUCUGAGCUACAUUUCUCACUAAAUGGGAAACAGUCACAUGUGGCCCCACAAACAAAUGACUUCUAUGAGAUGGAGGUGGUUCUGCGGGCGAGGGAGGCUGAGAUGCAGUUUCUCAGACAGGAAGCUCGUUCACUCAGGGAGGAGUUGAAGAUUGACUCGAAUGGUACUGAAAUCUUUUUGAACUUCUGGGGAUCUUACAGAAUGCUGCAUUCAUAACUGAA